UCGAGCAACUGAAAGCAAGAAAAAAGAAAAGAAUUGCCAGUCAACCGAAGAAGUCCGGCACAUGCAUUCUAGUAAAAUUUAUUUGCAAUUUGUGAAUUUGAAAUAAAAAUAAUAAGUACAGUGCAGUAAAUUUGAUAUCCCUAGCUAAAAAACGAGUGCAGUGCAGUUAAUUCAAUUAAAAAGUUUACUAUACCUACAACUAAUAGUACGGUACAAUUACAUUGGUUAGAUAAUGCAGUGUGCAAUUGUUAUAAACUAAAUUAACUAAUUAAAAACUCUUAUGCACUACUUAGCUGCUACUCGAAGACCUACCGUAUCAUCCUUAUUAACUGAAACAGAUAAAGAGCCACAAAAAUAGGAGCCUUCAAUGGAAGAAAACCAAACAUGCACUGUGCUGGUGAAUUUGUCAGAUGUUUUCCAUUACGCUGCUGGUGGAAGCCGUUUAGUAGUGGAAGGUGAAAGAGUGUUAAACGCUGGAUACUUGCUAAUAGUUGGAGUGGAAGAAGUACACAAAGACGGUUUAGGUAUAUUUUCUACAUGUCUUCAGUCAUCCUCGCCAAGUUCCGAACCUCACACAAUAAAAAUCCGUAUGAAGAGGUUUUUCUCAGAGUGGUCGUAUUUGUGUUCCUGUAAAGCUGGCAAAGGGAAGUGCAAACACGUAAUGGCAGUUUUGUAUCAUUUGCUAAAAAACCCAAGUCUACCGUUACUAACCGUGACCGAUUUGAAGCAGAAGUGGGGAAAAAUUGCUGCUAAAACUGCAUUUGAUAUGUAUAAAGCAACACGUUUGAAGGAGCUGUGUUUCUGCAAAAAAUGGCUUGACAAUACAACUGGAGAUAGUAGUGUGCUAAACGAUUCUACACUUGAAGAAACAUCAUUCGGACCUAAUGCUACAAAACGCGGUUCAAGUUAUAGAACUAUUGCACCUGAUGAGAGCGAGAACAAGCAGAUUUUGAAAUACUUUGCUGAAGUUUUCCUGGAAAGUUCCCUCGGAUACGAAAUACAUGGUAGGCCAUAUAUGAUAGCAAUUGAUGAUGGAGUACCAGACAGAAACAGCAAUGUUGCAAACGAAUUCAUGAUGUUGGAAAUGCCCAACCAGAUGUCAUCGGAUUCACUGAGUUCCUUGGUGUCGUUCGAUGCAGAUGUUCAUUCAACGAUUGUAAAAUCCUAUCUAGCUAAACUUUUCGAGAGGCACGUCGAACUUCACCACAAAUAUUUUAUUGGGCCUCUAGAAGCUGAUUUAUUUCAUAAUCUACUUCAUCAUCAAGUAGAUGAUCAGCAUGAAGAAACUUCGCCCCCAUCUUAG